CACAAAUCGUCUAAACAUCUUUCCACAUCUUUCUCAACGAAUUUAUCUUCAUUCUCUUCCCUUGAUAAUCUUGCCAAAAUGGAUGAUUUAGAGAUGUCUGAGCUCAUAAGUUCAUGGUCAAUCCGCCCUCCUCCACAAGCUCAGCCUCAGCCUUAUCACCCGCAAACAAAGGUCUCGAAUCAUCGCUUCACUCGUGCUGAAUGGGAAGAUCAGAAAUCUAAAAUCGAGAGCCUUUACAUCGAAGAGGGUAACACUCUCUCCCAAGUUCAAGAAACCUUGAGCCAAUCGGGAUUUAAUGCUACACUGAAACAACUGAAGACCAAGAUCAAAUCGUGGAGGCUUGACAAAAAGAAUAUCAAGACCAAUGAUAUGAUAUCCAUCGCUCAGACUCGGGAAAAGCGCAGGCGUGUCGGUAUAGACAGUCGAUUUCGAGUUUAUGGAGCCCCAUUUGACGAAGCCAAGAUCGAUCGGUUUCUAAAGAGAAAUAACCUUUCUGCAGAAGAUUCCCUGGAUGUUCCAAGUCCUACUGAUGCUCCUUCUCCGGUUUUCAGUGUAUUUACACCUCAGCCAGCUUCACCAAGCCCUUCUGCCGUAUCUCCCCAGCCUUCAAAUGAUCACCCACUGCUUCCGCGGAAAGGAAAGGGACGAGCCACAGAAGAGGCUGGGGCAUCUGCGGAAGAGAUCACAGGGACAGAAUUGAUUCGAAACCCUAAGAGGUCAAGACAUGGGAAAGAUGCGUUAUCUACCAGCGAAAAUGGGGAUCGUCAUCAAUCCUUCUAUCAAUCCGGGGAACCACAUCUCUCAUCCUUCAUAUCAGAAAGCACCUUUCCGUCUCUGACAACGCCUUCCUUGACAACAUACAACCCGGGAGGCUUUACAUUCGACACGCAAGAAGGACAAUAUUUUCAGCUGUUUCGGACUUACGCUGCGAGUGAGUUAUCAGGUUUCUUCGACUCGGAGUUUUGGUCAAGAAGUAUUCUUCAACAGAGUCACUCUAAAGCAUCUAUACGCCAUGCAGUUGUCGCGUUAGGAGCACUUUAUAAGACCUUGGAAGAAACAACGUUAUCCACCUCUGGAUCGCCGAGCGAGAGCGACUGCAUACAUGCCACAGCACCAGCCCACUAUGAGUUUGCUUUACAACAAUAUGGGAAGGCAAUUAGACUCUUACGAAAAGGUAUAUCGACUCGUGGAGUAGGAUCGUUUCGAACAACGUUAAUGUCCAUUAUCCUCUUCACCUGUUUUGCAUCUUUCACCGGUGACCAAGAAGGCACAAUCACACAGAUCCAGGCUGGCUUAAAUCUUCUGGAAGAGCGACGACAGCGAACCCAACAGUUUAUAACCCUCAGUCGUGACGAGUUCAUCGAAGACGAGCUUCUUGAAAUCUUCACCCGGCUUGCAGUCCAAGCCAAAUACUAUGACAUGGCCUUCCAUUUCCCAAAUCCCUACGUUAUUCGCCUUACUUCUAAUCGGGAUGACGACCAAGGGAUAUCGUCCCAGCCAUCGGCGAUACUACCUUUGGUCUCUCCGUCUGAAGGCGACAUCUCUUCCUUCUCCCAGAAAAUAGCACACAUCCCGGAUGUCUUUGUCUCUAUUCAAGACGCCCGCUCGGCACUAUUCUCGCUAUGCGAGCGCAUAAUGCGCUUCAACGAAGCACUGUCGUCGUCUUACGGUGCUCCUAACAACAUCCUUCCUUCGAGUAUCAGAUCAUCCGGUUAUGGGUUUCAAAGCGAAUUCAAUCAAUGGUCUACGGCCUUUGAUCCUCUUUUACAGUCUCGCCGUCAAGCGGGCACCAGCAAUGCGGAAAUAACAGGCAUCUGCGUUCUAAAAAUGAUCCAGUGGAUGAGUUUGGUUCAAUUCAUGAUGACCUUCUCCACAAGUGAAAUGGAUUUUGACAAUUUCGCUCUCCCGUACCGGGAGAUUGUCGAACUGGCUAAGGAAGUAAUACUUGAUAUUGAGAUGGGUCGAGGGAUUACUAGGUGUGACAAGUUCAGCAAUUGGAAUUGCCGACAGCAUUUUCCUGGACUAAACCCAAGUCAGCAUGCCGAAGAACAGGAAGCACAUGCUCACAUCGAAGAAGGCUCCUCCCCUCGCAUCAAAGCCUCCUUCACCCUCGACCUCGGCAUCAUACCACCGCUUCACAUAGUCGCCACCAAAUGUCGCGACCGCCUUAUCCGACGCGAAGCUAUCAGACUCCUGACGUUCACCGCGAGAAGAGAAGGAAUGUGGGACUCAAUACUCUGCGCUAAGAUCGCGAUGUGGAUUAUGGAAAUUGAGGAAGAGGGAAUGGUGCCAUUUAGUGGAGAUAAUCCAUAUUCAGACCUCCCUCUUGCACCAGAUAGGCAGAGGGUUAUGGUUCGAGAGGUUGUAUCUGAUUUGCAGAGGAGAGAGGCUAUAAUUAGAUGUGGGACGAGAAGUGCGAGGGAUGGGGACCCGGAUAUGAAGGCUAGGGAGUCGGUAGUCUGCUGGUGA